AGUACAAGUGGCAUUGUUAUCUCCGAUCGUGGAUUGCCUCACCAAACUUCUUGAUUUCGCUCUCGGGAAAGCUGCAUCCUGGCUGUAGAGGGACAUCACGAGGAUGACUCGCGUGAUGAUUUGCGGAGAAGUUGAAUAUGCUUGGAAGGAGUGCGAGGACAUGUUUCGAGGCAUCGCAGAACUCAUCCACAUGGACUCUCCGAACAGAGCCGACUUCUUGGAAGGUUGGAAGCCCGGCGGAAAAUACGAUGGCAUAGUAGCAAUCUUCAGACGUAACUUCUCCGCAGCAAAAAUUGGCAUUUUCAACGAAGAAUUGAUCAAUGGGCUGUCUCCAAGCGUAAAAUGGAUUGCUCAGAUGGCGGCAGGGUACGAUCCGGUUGAUGUUGCUGCUUGCAAAAAGCGAGGAAUAUUGGUAUCUCGCGUACCUGGGGCCGUAAACGACGCCACCGCGACCACAGCUCUAUUCCUCAUCAUCUCUACGUUGAGACAAUUUUCGAAGGCAGAACGCGACCUCAGAGACGGAUUGUGGAAGUCAAGGCUUUCUCCAAGCAACGCCCAUGACGUGACAGGCCGUACUCUUGCAAUCCUCGGCCUAGGUGGUAUCGGUCUGCGACUGGCAGAACUAGCCCACACCUUUUCAAUGAGAAUUGUCUACCACAACCGCAGAAAAGUUAUGGAUGUACCGGAUUGGUGUGAAUUCUUUGAGAAAGAUAGACUUCAGGAGAUGCUUGGGAUGGCAGAUGUGUUGAGCGUUCAUAUACCUCUGUCGAAAGACACAGAACGAUACGUGGAUGAGAAGAUGAUCAGGGCGUUGAAGAAGGGAGCUAUCAUUGUGAAUACCGCAAGAGGCGGCGUCAUAGAUGAAGAUGCCAUGAUCAGGGCUCUCGAAGACGGACAUCUUGCUGGUGCAGGACUCGAUGUCUUCCCUCGUGAACCCAACAUAAACCCGCGACUCUUGGACCUACCCAGUGUCACAUUACUUCCGCACAUGGGUGCAGGUACAGGUGAUACCAAAAAGAAGAUGGAAAUUGUAGCGUUGAAGGACAUCCUUGACUUCUUGACGAAGGGUAGAGGCAAGAACGUGGUGCCCGAGAUGAGAGAUUGGGUGCCUGUAUAAGAUGUGCUUAUCACUCAGUACCUCCGCAUAGAACACUAUCACAUACCUCCGCGUAGAACAUGGGUAUGCCUUUCACGGAUGUCACUUCUAACCUGGCGCGGCGCUAGGUCGAGACCGCGAAAGGAAACACCACUGCUGCAUUUGGGUGUGGGGAAGUUUGAACACGCGCUGUCAGCACGACGACAACACGUUGCGUGAUACGCCUUAUAAUCUUCAGAAAUUGUUGCGGAAUCCCAAUCUUGCACCAC